AUGGCUGCCUACUCUGUCCGCCUCCGUUUUUCGGGUAUCAAAUGCCAGACCGUCUUCCACUUUCGAGAUUUUGUGCUUCACGCGGGGGGCGAAGGGCUCCGGCACAUCCGUCCCUGGUGCGCCGCCGCCUUCCUUUCCCGUAGACCGUUCUCUUGGCGGCCUGGCUGCCCGCCAAGGGUCGCCGCUGUCCCCACCUGCAAGGAAUUCGGUCCUGAGGACAGGCUCAGAGCCGUCCUGAGCCCUUCCACCGCCCGGCCUUCCGAGUGGAGGACUGGGGAGUGGGUUUCUCCUCCAUGGCUUGUGGAGAGUGAUCCGCCGGGCCUGUGCUGGAUCCACGUGGAUGGGAGCCGCAGACGGCUGCAGCUGUGGUGCUUGGACUACCUCCUGAACCAUUUUUGUGAUGAGAGGAAGACGACUGGACAGAGUGACAGAGGCAAGGGGGCUGAUGGACUGGGCACCUUUGGUGGCCUCCAAAAGUCCCUCCUGUACCCUCCACAAGGGUCUAAGCCCUGCCCUCAAAGCCCCUUUGCCCCUGCAUCCUUUCCGGUGGUAGACAGCCUGCUUCUGGUGGCCAUGCCCAAGAAGCUCCUGCUGACUGAAGAGGAAGCCAGCCACCUGGCUGAGGAGUUGGUGGCGGAGGAAGAGCACAUGAAACAGAAAGCAGAGAAGAAAUGACUCAAGAAGGUAGCUGGAGGGCAGAAGGGUUGGGCCUGGAGAGUCUUCCAGAGGCCACAUGGUGAAGUGGUUCUGGGCUCACACUGCCACCCAGAUGGGGAUGGAUGCCCCCCAUUGAGCCCUGGGGACCAAGCUCAGGGACAGUGUGGUGAGGAAGAGGUGAGAGCCCCUUCUUCCCCUUCUUGGACUCAACUGGAUCUAUCUAGCACCUUCAGGUCUCUAGCUUUGCAUAAAAUUGGAGGUUGGCCCCCCAGUGCCUGCAGAGAGAAGGGACUGAGCCAAGAACCCCAAGGCAAAAGCCUGGGCCCCCAGGAGAAGAUGGGCUGGGAAGAAAGGAGCUGUCCAGCUGAAGAGAACCCCCAGCAAGUCCUGACACAGGUAUCUCUAGGACUGCUGGCAGCCGCCUUACAGCAGAGCCAAGAGCUGGCAAAGUUGAGUACCACCUUUGCAAAUGGUUUCCACCACAAGGCCAUGGUCCUCUUUACCCAGGCCUUGAAGCUCAACCCCUGGGACAACUGGUUAUUUAGAAAUCGCUCUUUCUGCUAUGAGCGCCUGGGUCAGCUAGUGCGGGCCCUGGCUGAUUCUCAGAUGGCCGUUACCCUGCAGCUCAGGUAUAGGAGCUGGGGCCAGUUUGAGAAAGGAGGCAGUUUUAAGUUCCUGAUUCCCCCAAUAGCUAAACUUUCCUCCUAAUCCCUUUGAGACCAAAGUGUUGAGGAGGCAGCUGCUGUG